AUGAGGUGCAAGAAGCACGCCGCGGACCUCAGCAGCGGUGUCGGCGUCUGCGCCUCCUGCCUCCGCGACCGCCUCGUUGCUAUAAUGGAGGCGCAGGCGCUGAAACAGUCGCAGCUCCUCCGCAAAUCGGACGCGCAGCAGCAGCAGCCUCCGCCUCUCUCGUUUCCGCGAUCGGUCUCCCCUUACAUCUCGCGGCGGGCGACGGACGCCGGCGCCGCCGCCUGGCAUAUCCACGGCAACCAGCGGAGCCUCUACAGCACGCCGCAGCUGGUGCCCGCCGCGGAUGAGGUUAAGAACAGGAAGGGCCACGGCGGCGGCAGAUUCUCCGCUCUGUUUUUAGGUCUGUUCAGAUCGAAAUCUGACAAGCACGAUUUGAAUUCGCGUUUGGAUCAUGGGGUUUCGGGCGAGUCCUGCUCCGCCUCUCCGCUUUGGUUCUCCAACAUGAUCCCCGGUCGCCGGAGAAAGCAGAUUCUGUCGUUAUCGGUGGACGAGAGCUCGAUCGGAGCGCAGCAGAGAGCCUGCCGGAAUCGAGAUCGCGGAAUGUCGCCGGCGAGAUGCUCCGACGACGACGACGACGAGCAUUGCCACGGCGGAUCGAGUGGCUACUCGUCGGAAUCGUCGCAGGGGUGGAGGCAGACGCCGCGGAGGACCCCGGCGGCGACGCGGCGGAGGGGAGGCGGCCAGAAUCGGAACAUUUCGGGAUUGGCGUUUUGCCUGAGCCCUUUGGUUCGGGCCAGCCCGAACCGGCACUGGAAUCAGAAGGGGAUGCCGCCGGAGGCGGUGCUUCCCGGCGAAUCGAGGGCUCCGGCGAAGCCGCACUUGUCCGCAGCGGCGUCGUUUUGCAAGAACCGGUCGCGGAAGCUGGCCGAUUUUGGGAGGUAUAACUCGAGGCAUUGA